AUGGGUGGUGGUGGAAGUAAGAAACCUAAAAAAGUUGAUCAACCGCCAGUACGACAGCCGCUGCCACCUCCGUUGGAACCACCCAAGGGAGAUGUCUUUUUGCCGCCGGUACCGCAAACAUCGUCUACUCUUUCGCCUGUUGAGGAAGAACGUCCAAGAAUUAGCCCAGUAUUACGGCCAAUAACUUCUGCCAGUACGAAAAAAAGUGCUUCAGUUCGAGAAAAAAGUUUCCAUAAAUCCGCAGAUGAAAAGAGUACUGAUGAUGAUGACGAUGAUGACGAUGAACGACCAUCAACUAGUAGUCAGCUGGGAAAACCAAAAUCUCAUGCGACAACGAAAGUUACAACACCAAGUCCUAUACCAUUGCUCAAGAAACGAUCAUCUAUGGCGAGUUCAACUACAACAACAACUAGUACUCAUUCGGAUUUUCAUCGAGCCGGUUCGGCGGCACACAAUGGAGAACUUGGUCGUUACUGUUCACAUUGUCCGCAUUGUCAACGGCGAAGUAGUGGUAAAAAUUCCAUAGUCGCCGAAAAACCACCUGCAUGGCUAACAAAAAGACCAAAACGAGAGUGUUUAACUAUAAAUAUGGAUAAUUAUGAUGUCGAUGCCGUUCAAGAAAAAGUCAUUGCGCUCAACGGUCAUAUUCCUGGUUCUUAUGAUUAUCAACCCCAAUUGACGAUCGCACACACCAAAGACAAGAAUGAGUCUACAAAAGAAAACUACUUUACUCUACCAUUUGUAGUUAAAACAGUACCAGGUGUUACACCAGCAUGUACACCGUUUCCAAACUACAAGAUUUUGGAACGCAACGAACGCCGUAUCAAUAAACCUUAUACAUUACCAUUAUUUACCGAUUAA